AUAAUGUAAAAUUGAUUGUAUCAUUUUAUCGUUUAGAGUUAUUAUUUAUGUGGUUAUCCAUUCACAAAAUACGUAAUUAAAAAUAAUACUUCAUUUUAUAAGUUACAUCUGAGUAAGCUGCCAUAAAUAAAUUUUAAUAGCUGAAUUAUAUUUUUUUAAACUGUACUAGUGUAAAUUAGGCAAGAGAACUAGAUCCAAUAACGGUAGACGCCGUUCUAUUUUGUGUCAACAAAAAAUUAUUAUGCCUCAUGAUUUAAAAGAGCUGAGCGUGCGAAAAGCGCUAAUGGCUCCACUUUCGCCAACACCAUGUGCAGAGAUCAGUGAUGAUGAGCUGGUCUCCAUCUCUGUGCGAGACCUGAACCGGCAGUUAAAGAUGAGGGGCCUCACAAGAGAUCAGAUUGUUAGAAUGAAACAACGUCGCCGAACAUUGAAAAACCGUGGCUACGCAGCCUCGUGUCGCAUCAAACGAAUAGAACAGAAAGACGAGCUGGAAACUGAGAAAAGUCAAGAGUGGCACGACAUGGAGAUGAUGCAGGAGGAAAACACUAGGAUCCGGGAGGAGAUCGACGCACUCAGAGGGAAAUAUGAUGCACUGAAAAGAUUUGCAAUAAUGAAAAACAUACCCUUACCACCAGAACUAGAAAUGGUCCCAUGAAAUUUUAUUCCUCCCAUAGACAUAAAUAUUGGUUAAGACGUAUUAAGAGAUGAUGGUUUAAUUUGUAUGUUUAAUGCUAAUUAAAUAGAUAAUAAUUGUAUAUAUAUUUGACGGCCUCAGUGGUGUAGCGGUUAAGCAAACCAUAUUACUACCGAUGUUUGCAGGUUCUAUUCCUCGCACGCUACAAACUUUUGUAUUAAUGAUUGUAUUGGUCUGGGUGUUUUCUACGUAUAUUAUGUAUGUAUUUAAAAAAAUGUAUUAAAUUAUUUAUAUCACUUGUCUAGUACUCACAAUACAAGCUCUGCAUAGCUUGGGACUAGGUGCUGUCUGAAUUUUUAAGGGAUAUUAUUAAUGUAUGCCAGUAAAAGCAAUUCUAUUAUAUUUAGACUAUAGACUAACUAACUAGACUAUAUUACAUAUAAUAACUUUGUGAAAAGUCCUCUGCGUAAAAAAAAACAAACAUUCACAAAUUCGACACACACAUAAAUAAGAAACAUAGAUAAUGACUAUAACUAUACUAUAGUGGUCUCCCAAUGGUCUAAAUUCGACCAUAAUUAAUUUAAAUUAUAAGUUUGAACAUUAUUAAUUAAGGUUCUAUUGUAUGCCAGUCAAAACUAGGCCUAUGCAUAACAAAAAUCUGCAGAUUCUGCCAAACUGAAGAGGAAACGCUACACUACACAUCCUAUGUGGUUGUAGCCCACUCAUGCAUAAACGAAAUAUCUCCUUUGGAAAGUUUACACUCUUUCCCGAGGAGAUAAAAACCAUCGCUCCUGAGAAUAUCCUUCAAUUCUUGUCCCUGAUUGGUUUAGGUAGUGAACUCUGACAAAAAGGCGAGCACAAUAGAUCUAUGUAGAUCGCAGACAAUAGCCUAAACAACCAAAUAAAAAAUAUCAAAAUAAAAAAGAAGGUUCUAUUGUCAAAGACUUGAAAACAUACCUCAAUAAUCUCAGGCACAGGCAAUAAACAAAAAGAGUAUAUACACGUGUGUAUAUCGAAUACAUGGUGUUUUUUUUAUUGAUAUAAAGCAUAUUUAUGUUUU